AUGGGGAUUAAGCCCAUCAUCUCACGCACAAGUGAUGGGAAGAAGUCAGAGGAGAUAGCACACGCAGGGAACCUCAUGCCCUCCUUGAGAUCAGCUCUCUCCUACAGCCACAGCCUACAACACUCAUCAAAAGGGAAAAGGCUAAGUGUUGGAGGGAUCAUCACACCAUCCUCUGUGCAGCUGGGGUCAAUUAAACAAGAAGAAGGCAACUCCAGCGGAUGGAUGGACAUCAAGUUCUGCAAGACCAACCUCCUCAUUGAGCACAAGGAAUUGGAUGGGAUACCAAUUCAAGUUCACACACCCAUUGGCUGGCCCUUCCAAGCUUCUCCUGCCCAACCCUGA